AUGGUGGGGUGUUUCCCCUCAACACCCAAGAAAUUGGCAAUGACCAUUGCAUGUUCCCUCUCAGGAGCUGUCCUUUUAGCUGUUGGGAUGCACCUUUCUUAUGUUAAUGUUGAACCCCAACGUGCCCGAACUAUGGCUCGCGAUAAAUUCGUCUUAGAUACGUUGAAAAAGAAGUAUGGUUACGUUCCUCCAUCAGAGGCCCGAAGUAUGGCCCGCAGUGAUUCCCCAAAAGAAAAUAGCUGA